GUUGUCUUUCCUUUAUAUAUUUUCAAAAUGUCAAAUAUCUCCAAUGGACACUGCUGUUUGCUCAAAAAAGAUGAAAAGUUUUGGCGAAGUAGGAUCUUUGGUGCUGUUUGACAGUUUGAGCAUAUUAUAUCGAUCGAAUCCAAAGAUAGUAUAAGGGGUUGUAUGAAAUAUGUUUACAUUUUCAAACAAUGUAAUCUGGUAACAACUAGUCCAAUUUGAAGCAAAUGUAAAUGUAAAAUUGCCCAUAUAUUGUUGGGUUUUCUUUACAUUUUUUGACUUUCCAUUUUGUACUUCAACAUGAAAUUUCUUAGUGCAACGACAACGGUUCUCCUCUCUGUCAGUGCAGUGUUAGCCGAUUUUUUACCUCAACUUGCCAAUCGAGCACCAACUCAAGCAGAUGUUAAGGAACGUAUAGCCCCUCCUGCUAACGCUACAUUGUUUGACGUAUGGUACGCUAAAGGAAAUCGCAUCUAUCAGUGUAACCCUGAAUUGACAGGUUUCCUACAUUGGUAUAAUGUGCAAACACAUGCAUUCUUAUAUGCUACCAAUGGCGAAGAAGCUCCUUUCGAUAAGCCUGGCAGAGAAAUCGGUCAAAUAGCUGCUGCUCCCUUGAACCCAGAACAACAAAUGGCCAAUCCAAUUGAUACAACUCCCGUCAUUUAUGCCUACACUGACGGAUCAUGGGCAGGUACAACUAGACCAACCGCAACGACAACCAAAGAAGAGGAUAGAAUUGAACGUGGUGAUGGUGUCCAUUUGGAUGAUCACGUAGUCCCCGUGUCCAAAUCGUCCACAGAUGGCUACUUAUCUCAUGCCAAAUAUAUCGUUCGCCUUGGGUCUAUGAAUGGGGCAGUUCCCGCUCCUGAAGAAUGUGUUCGAAAGGGUCUGUUGAUAAAUCAGCCAUUCACAGCUUACUUUAUGUUCUACACAGAUAACGAAGGAUUAGCUCUACUCAAUGAAGAAAGAGCUGAGUGGGAAAGAAUGGUGAGAGAAUAUACUCCGGAAAACUUGGCUAUUCAACAUGAAGCUAACGAGGAAAGAGAACAUCCUUGAAAUAAUCAAAAGUUGAUUCUUAUGGUUGCUUAUAAAUGACAAUAAAAUGCUUUGAUUACUUUUUAGUAAGAUUAUCGACAUGAAGAU